AUGUAUUCGGUGAUAACUGUAAGUGAUUCAUGUGCUGCUGGAACAGCUACAGACACUAGCGGUCCUCAUCUGGUGGAGUUGAUUAAGCAAUCAUUCAAAACCGACACCGUCAACUACCUGUUGAUUGCGGACGAUGAACAAUUGAUAAAACAAUCGCUUAUUUAUGCCUGCGAUGUGCUCAAGGUACGGGCCGUUUUUACUACCGGUGGUACCGGAUUUGCUCCUCGCGAUGUUACACCGGAGGCGACACGUGCCAUCAUCACGAAGGAAGCACCACAGCUCACAUUGGCCAUGACUCUGUGCAGCAUGCAGAAAACAAAGUUUGCCGUGCUUUCGCGGGCCGUCUGUGGCGUACGGAACAAAACGCUGGUCGUUAACUUCCCGGGCAGCAAAAAGGCGGUCGGUGAAUGCUUCCAGUCGAUCGUGGACGUUUUGCCGCACGUGUUGAAUUUGCUGAACGAAGGCGAAAUAGAACGAGUUCGUGAAACGCACCGUAAAGUGCAAGCGGAAGGUGAUGUACAGCGUACGGAGGAAGUGCCACACGUGUGUCCACAUGCAACUGGAAAAGGUGGUGAUGAUCGUAACUCACCCUUUCCAAUGAUAAGUGUAAAAGAUGCGUUGCAGCAAAUACUCGCGUCCAUACCAACUGUUCAGACGGCACGGAAGCAACUGAGCCGUGUAAACAUUCCACCAUUUCGAGCAUCCAUCAAAGAUGGCUAUGCUUUAAAGUCAAUCGGUGGUAAGGGUAUGAAGAAGGUGAUCGGUUAUGUAUCGGCCGGCGAUGCGAUCGUACAGACCAAUUUCACCAUUGACGAAUGCUUUAAGAUCAAUACCGGGGCACCGAUACCGUUGCAUGCCGAUGCUGUCAUACAGAUUGAAGACACCAAACUUGUCUCGCGAGAGAAUGAUUAUGAAAGAAUCGUUGAAAUUUUGGCUGAACCGACGGCGUCGCUCGACAUUCGCUCGAUCGGCAGUGAUCUACGAAUGUCGGAAGAAGUAUUCCAAUAUCGAUUCCCGAUCGAUGCAUGCCAGCGUGCACUGCUUGCCGCAAUCGGUGAGCGCGUGUCAGUUGCGAAGGUCAAAGUGGCCAUCCUAUCGACUGGCGAUGAACUUCUGCACCCGUAUGAUGCAGGUACAUUGGGUGAUGCGAGCUCGUUGGAAGGGAAAAUUUAUGAUUCCAACACCACCAUGUUGGUGGCGCUAGUACGUCAAUGCGGUUUCACCGAAGAUCAGUGUGAAAUUCAGCAACGUGUUGUGAAAGAUGACUUCGAAUCGUUGAAAACGGAAGUUGAAUCUCUAACCGGUGCGGUACACAUCAUCAUAUGCACCGGUGGCGUGUCGAUGGGAGAUAAAGAUUUCGUCAAACCGGUGCUAAAAGCGCUUAACUACGAGCUCAUAUUUGGUCGCGUCAAUAUGAAACCGGGCAAACCGUGCACGUACGCCAGCAGCAAAGUGACUAAAUUUUUUGGCCUUCCAGGAAAUCCCGUUUCAGCAUUCGUGACGUUCCAUUUGUUUGCAUUGCCAGCGUUGCGACAGUAUCUCGCUACGAUAAAUGAGACCGCACCGCACGUGGCGAAAUCAAGCCUGCCGAUAAUUACGGUGGAGCUUAUGGAUACCAAAUACGUGCUGGACCCAAGGCCUGAGUAUGCCCGAGCAUCGAUAGUAUCACGGAAUGGUAAACUGUUAGCAAGCAUUUCUGGUGGCCAAAUUAGCAGCAGGUUGAAGAGCACUAUUGAAGCUGAUGUCCUUCUCGAACUUCCGGUCAGAACGGAAACCAAACCAUAUAUCACGGCAGGAACACAACUAAAAGCGCUCGUUCUUCGAUCUGAUUUUAUCUCUCGAUAUGAGUAG